AUGGCGAAACCUUUGUGGAAAGGGAACCACCCGGUCCAGCAAAUUAACCCAACCCGACCGCUAUACCGAUUCGCCGCAACUGGCCUAGGAGCAGCCAUGUGGUUCUUCUUGAUGUACAGAGCGAAGAAGGAAGGGGCUGCGCUGAUCGGCUUGAAGCAUCCAUGGGACCACUGA